CAUUGUUGCCCCAUCUAUCCACCACCGUCAAAGUCACGCUUCGCUCCCCUUUUCCUUAACCUCCCCCAAAUGUAAAAACAUGCCAUACGAAUUUCCCUUUAAAAAUUCUCAGUUUUCACUUCAUUUGAAUGUAUAGUCGAGUUGGUUUUGAUUUCGGUCAAUUAUUAUGGUGGAUUUGAAAUUGCUAAUCUAUCCAGAAAUCCUGCAUAAAGCAUCGAUACUUCGGAAACGGUGCAAAACGCAAUCGAUCGCGUGCAAAGCGGCACAAAACGGGAAUUGUUCUUGUGGAGAACGUGUAGAUUUCAACGAAGCUGAAGCUCAAAUCCCUCGAAUCAAGAGAAGGUACAUUUUGGGGAGCAUCGUUCUCUUGGUCCUCAUAGCCCUAAUAUUAGCUGCUUUUUACGGCGGAUUGUUUGGAAGAGGUUUAGCACCAGAUGACGAAGCUCUACUGAACCCUAGGAACCCUACAGAGCCUUUGCCGCCCUCCACCUCGGUUCUGCGCGUUUUUAAAAAGGCGGCAGUAUGUGCAGAUUCAGCUGCCUGCGCACAAGUUGGCAAAGACAUACUGGAGAAAAAUGGAACUGCAGUCGAUGCAGCAAUCGCUACCAUGUUUUGCAACGGAGUGGUGACAAUGCAAAGUAUGGGAUUGGGAGGUGGUUUUUUGAUGACCCUGUACAAGAGAGAUGAAGAAAAAGCGUACUUUCUCAAUGCCCGCGAAAAGGCCCCUUUAGCCGUCAAAAACGAGAUGUUCAAGAAAGAUGAAUCAAUAUCAAAAAGAGGGGCUUUGGCUGUAGCAGUACCAGGAGAACUGAAAGGAUACUGGGAACUGUAUAAGCGAUUUGGCACCUUGGAGUGGAAAGAUCUGGUUCAACCUGCUGUAGACUUGUGCAACAAAGGCUACAUCAUGACCAAACAUCAAUACAAUGCCUUUUUCAAAAACAAGCUAGAUGAUGAAGAUACCAACUUCAACGAAUGGUUCAAAGAUAAAAACAACGAAUAUAAAAAAUAUGGCUCGCGAAUAGUGCCAACGAAGUUGUGCAAAACUUUGAGCUUGAUCGCAGUGAAUGGUGGAGAUGACUUGUACAAUGGUACACUAGCUAAAAUGUUCUUGGAUGAUUUGAAAGAAGCUGGAGGGAUAAUCACAUCCGAAGAUUUAGAAAAAUAUGAGGCAGAGUGGAUGGACCCAAUUAGCAUAAAAUUCAGCACUCAAGAAACCGUUUACACAUCUCCACCUCCUGGUUCCGGCGCUAUUUUAACUUUAAUUCUGGGCAUUUUGGACGGUUACCAGUUCGACAGGGACAACAUAGAAGAUUUGAACUCGACAGUACUUACUUAUCAUCGAAUCAUUGAGGCUUUCAAAUAUGCGUAUGCCAAAAGAACUGAACUAGGAGAUACGAAUUUUGUUAAUAUAAGUGAUCUCUUAUCAAAUUUAACGUCACAAGAAUACGCACAUAAUAUAAGAAGUAAAAUAAUGGAUAAUACAACGUUUCAAGAUCCAAAACACUACGGUGCCGUAUUUUACGACAAGGGCGAUCAUGGGACUGCCCAUAUUUCGAUUAUAGAUCAGAAUGGUGAUGCCAUAUCCAUCACCAGUUCCAUAAAUCUCUUCUUUGGCAAUGGAAUGACAUCAAAACAGACGGGGAUAAUCUACAAUAGCGUAAUUGACGAUUUUUCUUUUCCCUAUUUCAAAAACUACUUCGGGCUUCCGGGAUCUCCAAACAACAAAAUGCAACCGGGAAAACGUCCAUUAUCGUCUAUGAGUCCAACGAUUAUUGUUGAUAAAGAUGGGGAUGCAAAAAUGGUUGUCGGUGCCUCGGGAGGCACGGUAAUUACCUCAACAGUGGCUUGGACCAUCAUUAGAUCUCUGUGGUUUGAGGAAAAUGUUAAGGAAGCUGUUGAUGCGCCCAGAAUCCAUCAUCAGCUUUAUCCGAUGCAAAUAAUGUAUGAAUAUGGCGUGUUACAGCAAGUUUUGGAUGGUCUUAAAGCCCUAGGCCACAAAAUGCAACGGAAUUUGUCAUCAAUUGUUUGCGCGCUUAAGAAAGAAAACGGAAAAAUAACUGCAAAUGCUGAUUACCGGAAGGGCGGAGAUGUAUACGGAUUGACCUAAGAAAUGUAUCAAAACACGCUUAAAAGUUUAGUUUAAUAAACAUUUUUAUUAUGUAGGACACUCAUUAUUAAUAUACACACUAAUCAUUAAAUUAAGUCUAUUCGACUUAGUAUUGUUAUUAUUUGAUCAUGUAAAAUUUGUUAAAAGUGUGCAUAUUUUUCUUUAAAUAUUUGUUAGCUUCAAUUUUUGCUAUGGAGGGAAGAAUUUUCUACUACUAUCUAUAAUUAAAAAGCAAUGUGAUAUAAUAGGGUAAAAAUAAACAUUAAAGUUUGAAAGCAAA